AUGUCUCAGGUCGAGUUCUAUGUUCUAGUCGAGGGCAACGUUGUCCCCGUUUACAUGGAAAGAGAGGAAUGCGUGAUGGAUAUCUACCACGGGAUCAAAUCCUUCUCCGUCCCCCUGAAGAACAAACUCGCACUACUUACGGUUACCCAGCUCACUUAUUUCAAACUCAAAGAACCAGUACGGAAUGAUGCGGUAGAAUCAUAUGUGGAUGAAAGCAAUCUGGAGCCGCUCGACUCUUACACACGUAUAGAAAAAUUGGCUGAGCAAUUCAAAGUGGGUUUCGCCUGCGUGCUAGUUAUGCUCCCACCAGACGAGACAGACAUGGCGAUCGAACAGUUACAGCAAAAUUACAGCGAUUUGUUUAGCCGAUUGCAAAUCACCGUCGCUCAUCGCGGUCGCUGGUCGGCGGAUGAUAUCCGUGAGAACGGUGGGGUCUUCGUGGGUGACAAUCAACCUACGCCACGCGAAAUAUCAGACAUAGAGACCCAGUUGACGAGGAAACGAUCGUACCGAGAGAACAGCAGUGAACAUCUUCGCAUCGCGCUUACCUAUAGAGAUCAUUUCUCCUCGAUUUUCGAGCCCAGCUUGGCUGAUUCUGUGGCUGUACAGAACGACGGAGAAUUUGUCGCCUUUUGCAAUGUCCUGCGCUGUUAUCAUCAAGAUUCAGAACGAAUUGCGCAGAAUACCUCUUCAUCUUUGAAAGCACGGUCCUUCAUGGUCUACUUUAUUCACCCUCCCUUCUUCUCACGGAGGCCUCUGCAGGACCCUCUCCAGUACAAAGAACAACUUUCGUGGAGCUUUCCAAUGUUCAUUGCCACACGCGGCAUGACAGAACCAUGGAGAAAGUUCACCCCAGACAGCGACUCCGACGUUAUCUCCCGCACACAUUUCUGUCCUUUCGUCAUUUCUGACGUUAUGUCGCAGAAGCAUGAACAAGACCGACACCGCAUGCUGCUAGAGGCCAUCGUUGCUGCCCGGACGGGCAGCUACCUCCUAAAGGAUCGUUCCCAAUCGCGGUUCUUCAUCGUAGCGGUUUACCUUGCAGCUUCUUUGUGCGCAUCAAGGUACAUUGUGACCAAAGCAGAUUCAGGGAGACAGGUCCAUAUUGCUCGGGCAGACUUCGACCUUACAGAUGCGAAUGCAGCCGUCCGAUUCUUCGGUGAAAUGUGCAAUCUCUCGCAACUCCUGGGUAAGCUUGCGGGUGAACUCGAUGAGUUGAAACGCGAAAGUCUGUUAACAAUUCAGCAAGUCGCUUCAAGGAUGAGGUCUCUCAAUCAUCGGGGAAGAGCUCGGCGGAGUACGCGACCUUCGUUGUCUUCAAACUCAGAUAGAUCGGAGCUCCAAGAGGAAGAUGAUCUGGGAAUUUUCAACAGCGAUCAACUCCGGUCGAUUCUCGAUCAUAAUAAUUAUGAGGUGUCGUAUGUUGCUUUCGGACACCCCCAUAUUGCGCUUGUUGUACGACGGGAGGACGAUUCUGCCGUUGGAUAUCUCAAGUUCGUGGAAGACGGAGCCAAGGAAUUGGAGAUUCUGCAAUACCUCCGUAGAAUCGAUGCCCCAACUAACCAUACCAUACGCCCUGUUCGCAUCUGGCCGAUCGAUGGGGGGAUGAUCAUAUUUAUGCCCGUUGCAGGAGGCCCGCUCAGUUCGCUCAAGGAUCCUGAUUCUUAUCUAUGGCUUGUCGCACAGCAGUUGUUCGAAGCCGUUGACUUCAUGCAUGGCCACGGUGUCGCGCACUUAGACCUGAAACCGCAAAACAUCAUCAUCCCGCCGAACUAUGGACGGCUCACCAUCAUCGACUUUAGUUUGUCCGUUCGCGUAAAUAGCCCGUGCCAUACGUUCAGACGUUAUGUCGGGACGAAAGGAUACAUUGCUCCGGAGGUUGGUCGAGGGCGGUAUAACCCGAUCCGCGCAGAUCUGUGGUCGUGCGGCAAAGUCGUUGAAGAACUUUGCCGCCGUUGUAUACUAUCGCCGGCGCGCGAGCGGUUGCUUCGGAUCAGCAACCGACUCUUGGAUGCAGAGCCGGGCAACAGGCCGACGAUGGCGCAGGUCCUUCUGUGUAUGUCAGAACCCGAUAACGCGUGUGAGGGGCAUGUCAGCGGCAGUGAAUAA